AUGGCGAACGAUGAUAUAGUCUGGAAUACCGACUCCAUCAAUGCUUUAAAAAUAUACAAAUAUAUAACUUGGACAAUUGGCACGUGGCCGCUACAGGAUGAAGGAAUAUUUGCGAUGAUUCGUUUUGGCAUAUCUUUCGUCUUAGAGUUCGGUACGUUAGUUUCCGUUCUGAUGGAAGUCCAGUUGAAUUGCGGGAACACCGAUGAGACUCUUGAUUUUCUUGGAGCUGCAGCGUCAACGUUCUCUGGUUUAAUGAAAUUAAUAUUCAUCAAGUUACAUCGAACGGAUUUACAGAGAAUUAUCUUGUCCGCGCUGAAGGAUUGGUCCUCGAUCAUUGCUAUUUCUUCGGUGAAGGAGAUAAUGUUAAAGUAUACGGAACGAGGCAAGUUGGUAUGCCGCGUACAAAUGGGCUUCGCACUGAUCAUAAUUUCAGCAAUGAUAUUAGAUGCAUUACCAAAAUCAGACUUAUCUCAGUCGGAUAAUGGCACUUUGAACGAAGAUAUCCUUAAACGGAUACCUUUAAGGACAAUGUGUCUUUUUGGCAAUAUAUCAACAUCAACUUAUUGGACAGUCUUCAUUUUACAGACGAUCCAAAUGUUGAAUGCUGUUUUCGUCGACACUGGAAAUGACGUUUUUUUCUUUGGAAUUGCUAUGCAUAUUUGCGGUCAGUUCGAUUCACUCAAAAUAUUUCAUAACGAAUUUAAAAUGUUGGAUGAAGAGAACCGUGUUCAUAAAAUCAAGGAAUUCAUUGAUAGGCACUCGCAUCUGUUGAAUCUUGCAAGACUACUCGAGAAUACCUAUAAUAAUAUUCUUUUGAUAAUUCUAAUGACAAGUGGAUUGCACAUUUGUUUAGCAGGUAAUACUAUUUUUUUAUGCUGAUAUAAGACUCAUUAAUG